AUGAGUGGUAAAUUUGUACGUGCUUCGAAGUACAGACAUGUCUUUGGUCAAGCUGCUAAGAAAGAAUUGCAAUACGAGAAUGUUAAAGUUACCAGUAAUGCAUGGGAUUCCAACAUUAUUAAGACUAAUGGUAAAUAUAUCUCUGUCAAUUGGAACGCUUCAGGUGGUGGUGCAUUUGCUGUCAUUCCUGUCGGCGAAGUAGGUAAAUGUCCAGAUCAAAUUCCUUUAUUUAGAGGCCAUACUGCUCAAGUUUUAGAUACUGACUUCGAUCCAUUUGAUGACAAAAAACUAGCCUCAUCCGCAGACGAUUCCAAGAUUGCCAUUUGGGAAAUACCAGAAGAUUAUACUCUUAAGAGUUACGUUGACGAAGACGGAGAACCAAAAGUCAUCAAGCCAGUUAAGAUUUUAAGUGGUCACAAGAGAAAAGUUGGUCAUAUCUUAUACCAUCCGGUGGCUCAAAAUGUCUUAGCUUCUUCAUCUCUUGAUUACACUGUCAAGAUAUGGGAUAUCGAGAAUGAAAAGGAUAUGCUUACAUUGACUCAUCCAGAUAUGGUUACCUCCAUGUCGUUUUCCUACAACGGUAAUUUCCUUGCCACGGUUGCCCGUGAUAAGAAGCUAAGAGUCUGGGAUGUCAGAGAAGGAAAGAUUGUCAGCGAAGGUCCAGCCCACACUGGUGCUAAGAAUCAAAGAGUUGUUUGGUUAGGUAACUCUGACAGAUUGGCCACUACUGGUUUCUCUAGAUUAAGUGACCGUCAAUUGGGUGUCUGGGAUGCUUUCAAUUUGGAAAAAGGUGAUUUAGGUGGAUUCUACAAUGUCGACCAAUCAUCUGGUAUUUUAAUGCCAUUUUAUGAUGACAGUAACAAGAUUUUAUAUGUGGCUGGUAAAGGUGACGGUAACAUCCGUUAUUACGAAUUCCAAAAUGAUGAAUUAUUUGAUUUAUCUGAAUUCCAAUCCACCGAACCUCAAAGAGGUUUUGCAGUCGCCCCAAAGAGAACUGCUAAUGUUAAGGAAAAUGAAGUCUUGAAAUGUUUCAAGACCGUUGUCGAUCAAAAUAUUGUUCCAAUUUCGUUCUAUGUUCCAAGAAAAUCAGACCAAUUCCAAGAUGAUAUCUAUCCACCAGCCCCUUCUGAUAAAGCAGCUUUGACAGCCGAUGAAUGGUUUAGUGGUAAGUCAGUUGAAGGUCCUUUAUUAUGUAAUAUGGAAGAUAUUUACGAAGGUUCAACUGAAAUGCAUUAUUCAGAAUCUAAAAAAUCUACUUCAGCUCCUACAAGUAAGCAAGCUACCCCGGAACCAACACCGGUUGUUAAGAAAGAACCGGUGAAGAAGGAAGAAGUUCCAGUUAAAGAAGCUACCCCAGUCUCUACUUCUUCUACACCUAAACCAGUUGGCAAUGUUAAUGAAAUGUUAAAGGGAGACAAUUCAGUUGACAAAUUGUUGGCCAAGUCAUCUGAAUUAGAUUCAGUCAACAAUGCCGAAGAUCCUUCUAAAGGUUCCGAUGAAUGGGAAGAAGAAGAAAUAAAACCAAAGAGUCCAGUUGUCAAGGAAGAACCAAAGAAGGAAACUCCAAAGAAGGAAGAACCAAAGAAGGAAAACGCAUCCACUUCUUCCACUUCAAAAGCUCUAGGUCUAAAACAAUCUGUUGAAAAGUUAUCUGCAUUAGUAGUUCACUUAGAAGACGUUGUCGUGAAAUUAACCGAAGCCAAUAUUUCUAAAGAUGAAAGGUUAAAGAGUUUGGAAGAAAAGAUUGAAAAUUUAUUGAAAAAAUAA